AUGGGUUGCUGUCUCAGCAAAAAACCUUCUCUUCCUCCUCUAUCGAUCCCUCUUACCAAUAAUGUUAAAGCCACAGAUCUUUCAAAACCGGUGAUUAAGCUUCGUCCCGCAACGGAAGAAGCUGAACCGGUGAUUAUAUCUGAGAAGAUACAAGAAGAACAAGAAGAAGAAGAAGUUGUGGUGGUAAAACACAGAAGAAGCCAUGAGAGAAGCGAGAAGACAGACUCAGAUGGACCUCCGGUGGAGAAAUCAAUCGAUUCGAAUUCGAAUUCUAACUCCGUCGUGGUUGUGAGGACUUCGAGCUGCACGAAAGAAGAAGUGGACGCUAUACUGAUACAAUGUGGGAAGCUGAGCCGGAGCAACUCCGCCGCGAAAACGAGAAGAUACUCUGGGUCGAAACGAAGCUUCGAUUUCGACCAGAACGAGAGGAUCCGCGGCGGUGAUGUGGUGGAGGAAGAGGCGGCGGCGGAGAGGAAGUCGCAGACGCCGCAGAGAAAUCGCCACCGUGGAAUAGAGAGAGUGAAUGGCUCGCCUCGUGAACGGAGAAGACGAACUCCGAGCAGAGAAAGAGAAGAUCUCAGAAGUUACCGAUCAGGGAGCAGAGAAAGAGGGAACGGCGGCGGUGGAAGCAGACGGGUGAGUAGAUCUCCGGGAAAACGAUCGGAGACGACUACAAACCCUAAUCCUAAUUCGUUUGCUGGGAGUGGCAAUUUAGUCAUUUCGAGCAAUAUUAGAGCUGGAAAGUUUGUUACAGUUCCGGCGACGGAAAAGAGUAACAACAACGGAGAGCCGUCGAUUAAACGAUUAACUGUUAAGAGAAACAUCGGAGAAGCUUGUAGAACCGCUGCGAGUAAUGUUCAACCUCCUCCGCCGUCGCUUAGCCGGAGCUCUUCAAGGAAAGCGGAGCAAUCGCCGUACCGGAGGAAUCCACUCGGAGAAAUCGAUCAGAACUCGAUGAAAGGAGACAAAUCUGGAUCUGUGGGUGUUCAGAAACCUAAUCCCAAGACGACGAUUAGAGCUGCUUCAAGCCCGAAUCGGAGUAGAUCAAUGAGAAAAUCUCGAGAUUUCGAUUUCAGUCAAUCAAACGAAGAAGAUGAUAACAACAACAAGACGACGACGAACAAUUAUACUGCGUUGUUGUUAAAAGACAUUGAGAAUUUUCACGGGAAGAGUAAUAAUAAUGUGGAAGAUGAUGAUGCUUCGGUUUCGUUUAAUCUUCUUCCGUCUUGUGUUACAAAGGCUUGCUCCAUUGUUGAAGCAGUGGGUUUGAGCUCUGAUUCGAGCCAGUUUAGAUUCACAUCGACUGCCAAGAAAGCGGAUUUGAUGGAGCCGAGCUUUGAAAAGUAUGUGACUGUGAAGAGAGGAUGUUCGUUGGAGGAGCAAGAGUCAUCAGGAAGCAACUCUGUGUUGCUGUAG